AUGGCCCAGCGACUGGUUUAUGCUGACCUGAGGUUUGCCAAGGUGAUGGGGGGCCGGAGCGGGGCCAGCCAUGCACUGGAAGCAGCCCUCGGCAUGGACGAAGCGGAGAGCCCCUACGAGACCACGCAGAGAGCACCAGCGGGGCAGGAUGAGGACAGGGCCCAGCCCAGCUCAGGGUGCUGUUCCUGGCGGUGGUGCAUCCCUGUGGGAUUGUUGGUAACCUGCCUGCUGCUGGUGGCGGCCACGGUGUCCAUGGGGGCUUGCUACUGGCAGGUGACCCGCAGGAUGCAGGACACCUCCCGGGAGCACGUGGCCGAGCAGGGCCGCCUCUCGCAGGAGGUGAGCGACCGGGAGCGGAGCCUGGAGCAGGCGCGGCUGGAGCUGGCGUGGGCCCGAGCGGAGCUGCAGCGAGCGUGGAGCGAGGGGAACGGCAGCCGGGCGGAGCUGGGCAGGCUGGGCUCCGAGCUGGAGCGUGUCACGGGGGUCCUGGGGAGGACGCAGAAGGAGCUGCAGGAGUUGCAGGGGCAGCUCAACAGCAGCGAGAGCACGGUGGCCAUCCUACGCUCCUGCACGGCUAUAGACUGCUGCCCUUCAGGCUGGCUGCUGUACAGAGGCAAGUGCCUCUUCAUCUCAUCGGAGAAGAAGACAUGGGAGGGGAGCAGAGAUGAGUGUGAGAAGAAAUAUUCUCAGCUCCUGAUCACCAAAUCGUGGAGUCGCUGGACCGUGCCGACCUUCCUGAAGAAUGCGGACAUCCCAUACUGGAUUGGGCUGCAGAAGAGCAGCUUCCCCUGGUAUGACUAUGGUGGGCUGGAGGAAGUGUACCCAGAAGGAGAGGGUGUCUCAGAUGUCUGGUUCUGGGUGGAUGGCUCCCUUUAUGAAAGGCCAUGGCAGUGGAAGUCAAACGGGUCCUGUGCUGUAAUAAGUCAUGGGAACAUCAAGCCUGCCCUCUGUACUGGUCCCAAAGACCUGAACUUCUGGAUCUGUGAGAAGGAGGCCGGGCCGAGCUCACCUUUCAUGUGAUGUGAUGGCAUCUGAGCCCAGCACUGCUGUGCACCUGCACCCUGCACCACCUCU